UCUGGUGGGCUGGAGGGAUGGCUCAGUGGUUAAGAGCUUAUGCUGCUCUUGUAGAGACCUGAGCUCAGACUUCGACACCUGUGUUGGGUGGUUCACAACUGCCUGUAACUCCAUCUCCAGAGGAUCUGACACCCUCUUCUGGCCUCCAUAGGCACUGCACUCACGUGAACACAACACAUACACAUAUACAACACACACACACAUAUAUAUAAUUUUAAAAUAAGAAAAAUCUUUAAAAAUAAAAUAAGCCAAAGCGUUGGAGAGACGGCUCACUGGUUAAAAACACUUGUUGCUCUUGUAGAGGACCCGGAUUCAGUUCCCAGCACCCAACGUGGUGGCUCACCAUGAAUGUAACUCCACAUCUAGGGGAACCGACACCUUCUGACCUCUAUGAAACACUGCAUUCAUGUGAUACAUACGUGCAUACAUACAAACAAACACCUGCUCACACAAAAUAAAAAUAAAAUGCAGCCAAGCAUGGUAGUCUACACCUUUAACCCCAGCACUUGAGGCAGAGGCAGGUGGAUCUCUGUGAGUUCAGGGCCAUUCUGGUUUACAGAGUAAGUUCUAGGACAGCCAGAGCUACAAUGUGAGAACCUGUCUCAAAAAAUAAAUAAAAUCUAAAAGAUAGCAUAAAUAUAUAAUUUGAUUGUUUUGUUGUUGACACAGGGGUGUCUUCCUGUGUCAACAGGGCAGCCCAGAGUGGUUCUGAACUCAAGAUCCCCCUGCCUCUCGUACAAUGAAUAUGUAAUCGAUUCAAUAUGUAAUGAACACAUACUUGGUCAACAGCGUGAAUAUGUAACUGCUUCUAAAGGAGGUUCACGUGGCCUUCAAUAUAAGACACUCAAAGAUACUUUAGCCCCACACUCCCAGAUCCUGCCGGUCGUUAGUGCUUGAGAGGGAAAGAGAGAGUUCAGAGCUUGAGUGAUGACUGGAGAGAAGCAUUUGUCCUUUAAGCUGGAAAAUGAAAACUUCCAGAUUCAGGCAUGGCCUGUGAGGGAGCCACAGACACUGGAGAGACUGAGAAACCCGCUGGGCUCUUACGCUCACAGCCUCAUCGGACUUGUGGAAGGGGAGGCUGAGGAAGCUUAGCCAUAUGGAGGUCAGACACAGGGGAAUCUUCUAAUGGUCUUACACAGCUAAGCUGGCCCGGCCUGCCCCCCUUCUGGAGGUCCUUCACUACCAAUCAAGUUCAGUUUCCCCGAGACAAUGAAAGCGCUGGUAGAACCAAGGCGACGGAAGCGAGGGGCCGGAGCCUAAGGUCAGCCGAGGCCUUCGAGGAGCCGAGAUGGGGCAGCAGUUUAGCUGGGAGGAGGCGGAGGCUGCCGGGGAGAUGGACGUGGCAGAGCUGCAGGAGUGGUACAAGAAGUUUGUGGUGGAGUGUCCCAGUGGGACCCUCUUCAUGCACGAGUUUAAACGCUUCUUCAAGGUCACGGGCAAUGAGGAGGCCACCCAGUACGUGGAGGGCAUGUUCCGAGCCUUCGACAAGAACGGGGACAACACCAUUGACUUCCUGGAGUACGUGGCAGCCCUGAACCUCGUGCUGAGGGGUACCCUGGAGCACAAGCUCAAGUGGACCUUCAAGAUCUAUGACAAGGACCGGAAUGGCUGCAUCGACCGCCUAGAGCUGCUGGACAUCGUGGAGGCAAUUUACAAGCUGAAGAAAGCCUGCCGGGUGGAGCUGGACCUGGAGCAGCAGGGCCAACUGCUCACACCUGAGGAGGUCGUGGACAGGAUCUUCCUCCUGGUGGACGAGAAUGGAGAUGGCCAGCUGUCUCUGACAGAGUUCGUUGAAGGUGCCCGGCGUGACAAGUGGGUAAUGAAGAUGCUCCAGAUGGAUGUCAACCCUGGCGGCUGGAUCACUCAGCAAAGGCGGAGGAGUGCCAUGUUCUGAGGGCCUGGGGACCCCACGGGAGCCCACACUCCCCUCAGCCUCCAGGGUGCUCCAGGCUUUCAAAGUAGCAGGAGGCCCCUGGCCUGGUUGGCUCAGGCCAACUCUUGCUUGGUGUGGACUUCCUGAUCCUCUGGGUGUGGGAGAACAAGGGAUGAGCAGCGGCUGCCGGGUCUGCAGAAGCCCACUGGGGUUCGGUCCG